UCCUCUUCCUGUUUCUCUGUCGCUCUUGCAGUCAGCCUCGACAGAAACAGAAGUUGGGGAGAUCUCCAGAGAAGUAUCUGAGAGCGAUAUCUGCUCCAGGAAAACACAGAGAGAGACAGAACACCAUGUAGAGGAGUGUGAAACAAGCAACGCUUGGAGAACACAGGACAUUGACGGAGGAGAAGACCAGAAAGAGAGAGAGGAAGAGUUGUUAGAGGAAGAGUAUCUUCCUCCCUCUCUUUCUCCCUCCCCACCACUUUCGGACUCAUUAGACGCCAUGAGCCGUAUAUAUAACAUCAAGACAGUGGGCUCCAGGACUGCAGUAUGUAUCAGUGAAAGGACCGCUGAUUUGCCGCCACAUAGCGGACCUCAGGGCAAGUACAACCCCAUUAGAGAGGCACCAUCACCGGACGUCCUGCCAGAAACGGCAAAACUGUGGAAUCAUGGGAGGGACAGUGAUAAAUCUGAGACGAUGGAGUCGACAGGUGUUCAGAUGGUACAGCGCAAGUUGGAACGGCUACAGCUGAGGGAACAGGAAGCAGGAUGUGGUGCCCACAAUGACAGAAAGGCACAGACCAGCAUGGAGAGGAGUCCCUUUGUAGAACCGGAGGUUCGUGCAGCCAAGAGACCAGACAUAUUAAGAGAAACACAGAAAUCACAAGAACCUACAAGUCUCAGAUUUCCACAAGCCCAACAAAAAGCCCAAAGGCUACCAACUAAACCCCAGCAGGUCAGGUCAUUCACAAUCAAUGCCCGGAACACCGAAUCGACAGAAAACUCAACAAAACCUCCAGAACAAAGCUCUCCAUCGUCAUCCUCUCCCUGCACCGCAUCCCCCUCCUCAACUCCAUCUCCACCUCUUUUUUCCAUUAGGAGCGCCUCAGGUGGACCAGGAAAGAGAGGAACUACCAUCACAAUCACCCCUAGAAGACCUGCUGGGGCAGCCUCGUCCAAUAGCAUCCCAACAGGGACCCCUGCAACACCCAAAGCAGCCCCACAGGCCAAUAUACCCAAGCCUGCUCCCAGCAGCACCAAGGAGAAAGGGAAGAAGAGGUAUCCUACAGCAGAAGAGAUUGAAGUGAUUGGAGGGUACCAGAACCUUGAGCGGUCAUGCUUAGUGAAGAGCAGAGGGACACCGAAAGCGGUGAAGGUGUGUUUCGAUGACGCCCAGCUGGAGAGAGUUUGUGAGUACCCUUCAGAAGCCUGUGAGCUAGCUUCCCUCCCCUGCUAUCCUCAUCCAGGGCCAGAAGACGGAGGGAGGGAAGAGGGGUGGCGUGGGGGGGAGCAGGAGGCCGAGGGACAGGAGGAAGAUGAGGAAGAGGAGAGCGCAGCGUUUGUAUCUCGCAGUGCCAUGAAUGAGAGCACAGGAAGGGUUCGAUUCCUAAAAGUGGAUGAAUCCUGUAAACGACUCUCUAAAUGACAAACCAUGGCAUCCUUUAGAUUUAAAAUUAUUUACUUUUGCAGAAGGUGUAAGUAAUGAUCAAUUUUUUAAAAUGUGGUUUUAAAAUUAUUAUUAUAAUUUUUUUUUAUUCUUUAGUUUUGCUUGUCCUGUUGGAGAAUCAAAAAUACAAGCACAAUAUUUGAUUUCAGUUUCAUGUUCAGAGAUGAAGAAAAUAAACGGUUUUACGCUGUGCGCAGUUCAAGCCCUGUAAGUGCUGCUCUGAUUCACAGAAUGAUUACUCAGGUCCGAUAUGAUGGUUUGCACAAUUUACGGAGUUUUAUUAUUAAAACCUUUUAAGGACUGAAGGCUGUUCAUUUAAGAAAAUAACUGGAAUAGAUUUUAUUUCAUUUUAUUGCAUUAUCCUGCAUCACAUUUGAGGGGAUUUAUUUUUAUUUAUAAAUGAAAAUUAAACCCUCAUCCUCUGAUUGUCACUGUUUAGAGUUGACUCUCUCUUGUGAAAGUAUGACUAUGAUUAAUAAAGAUUAGAAUUAAUACUGAUAUAUGAUAUUUGUUUUAAAAAAAUAUAUGUUUUCAUCAUGAGAUUGUAAAAUAGAAUUUUGACAUUGCGUAUAGAAUGUGUGUGUGAGAGAAUUAUCUGUAUUGAUGGGUCACACUUGGAUUAUACAAUGCGAUCAAAUAAAAAUCCAUUUUUUUGUAUAUUGUUUGUACUUGAAUAUCGGUUUUCAACUUUCCCAUGAAAUGAAGAAGCACCUUUAAAAUAUUAUUAAACAUUACAGACAAA